CAGCCCAGACUCUGAAGAGCAACCUGGAUUCGAUGAACCAGCAGAUCCAGCGCCUGGAGAAGGACAUCGAGAACUUCCCAAAAACCCAGGACGAGCACGAUAAGUUUGUAGAGAAGAUGAGCAGCUUUGCUGAGAGUGCCCGAGAGCAAUAUGAGAAACUGUCCAACAUGCACAACAACAUGACAAAAUUGUAUGAAAAUUUGGGAGAAUACUUCACCUUUGAUCCCAAAGCAAUAAGCAUAGAAGAAUUCUUUGGCGAUCUGAGCAACUUCAGAACUCUGUUUUUGGAGGCAUUAAAAGAAAACAACAAAAGAAGAGAAUUGGAGGAGAAAACCAAGAGAGCCAAGCUGGCCAAGGAGAAGGCAGAGCGCGAGAGGCUGGAGAGACAGAAGAAGAAGCAGCAGUUGAUUGAUAUGAACAAAGAGGGUGACGAGACAGGAGUGAUGGACAGUCUGCUGGAGGCCUUGCAGUCGGGAGCGGCUUUCAGAGACCGCAGGAAACGAACGCCGCGAGCGCAAGAUAACAAACGAGUAACUUUGGAAAGGUCUCGUUCUCGGCACAACGGAGCAAUUGCAGCUGUAUGAUUCUUCUGAUGCCAAAGAAUUAAUGAAUUGUUUUAUUUACAAUGAAAUGGAUGUGCUUUGGGAAGAGUUUAUCAUCCAAAUUGGCAAUGAUCAAAAAGGAAUACUGGUAUUGAUUAAAUGAGAUGGUGUAAAAAUAUGUAAUUUUGAAGCUGUUGCUAAAAAAAGAUCCACAUACUGUACCUUAUUACCCCAACUACCAAGAUCUGUAAACAGUGUUAAACAGUAGGGUAUAUAUCUUAUUUUCUUAUGUUCUUUCUUUUCUUUUUUUUUUUUCCCACCCUUUUUGUUUAAGCUGGCAACUCACAUGAAAGGAGUUGGGGAUUUCUAGGUUAUGUUUUAUAUGGGUAAGAAAAUACAGUUUUGUUGAAAGAGUACAGCUGUGGAUUCCAUUUGCAGUUCUGAUUUGAACAUGAAAGGAAAAAUAAUAAAAUUGUACGUUAAUAAAUUCAGAGAUGAGCUGGUCUACAUUAUCAGAAUCUUUUUUGUAACCAUAAAAAAGCAACACAUAGCCCCAGUCAGGUUGCUGAAAAACCUUAUCUCGGUGUAAAGCCUGGUGGAUUCAGCUGUUUGAGCUGCCAGUAGGAUACACCACAUAUCCACAUGGUGAUAUGAUGAUGUGUAGUUACUUAUCACUGCUGAAAAUAAUAAUAAAAAAAAAAAAAAAUUAAAAAAUUAAAUGAAACAGAGCAUAGGAUUUUUCCAAAAUGAUGUCAAGGGCAGAAUGUGUUUUUAAUUGUAUCUAAGGAGGGAUUUUUCUAAUUGUGCACUUAUAUAUUCUUUAUAAAGAUAUUUGGGGGAAGUAUGAUUGUGCUAUUUUGAUGAUGCUAACAUAGCUGUGUGUAGGUUUUUAGAGACAAGCUGCACCACGAAAUGUUUCAGAGCUGCCUCUGAGUUUCUCCCUCUGUUUCUCAGGUAAAACACGCAGCGGGGUCUCCACUGGUGGGUUUUAGUGCUGAGAGUUUAGCAGCUAGCAGCACAUUUCCUACCUGGAGCACUGCCUGGCAGUGACCAAGGCUGAUUUUUGGGAAGUUCCUCCCAGUUUUGUGUCCAGGCCCUUGCACUGCAGCUGUCCCUGUUUGUUCUGCACUCCCUGGGGAGCCACUGUCCCCUUUGUCCCCAGGGGAGUGUCCAGCCCCAUCCUGGCCCCAAAGGGCCCUUGCUUGCCUGGAUGGGAUGGAGGAUUUGAAGUGGAAUUCCAGUGGAAUUCAGCAGAAGUUGCUGAGCUAUGAUGUUUUUAAAGAAUCAGGAUGCUCUGUGGUAGCUGGCACUUGUUCUCACAUUAUUGAUGCUUAUCACUGAUUGAUGAAAUUAUUAUGGAUGCUUUUACUGCCUGGUGUUAUGGGGAACUUGGGGUUUUUUUUAGUGUCUGUAAAAGCUGUUUGGAAGGUGAGGUGUCCCAUGGUUUCUGUGCACAAACUGCUUGCUCUGGAGGGACUUUGGGGCAGUGGAUCUUUGCACUACUGCUUGAGCCAAGCAUCUUUGUACAGUAGAUUCUUUUUGCUUCUCUGGUGAGAUCCUCUUAAAACUGUCAGACUAGUUUGGGAUAAAUUCUCACAAUUGUAAACUGCAUAUUGUAAGAGAAGAUACAGCUCCUUUUCAAUCUAUUGUCUAAUUCAAUCUAGUGUUGAAUUUUAAUUUUUGGUUUUAUUUUAAAACUUGUCUAAAAAGAAUCCAGGGGGUUUGCCCAUAGCUCUAAACAUAGGAAUACCACUGAAGCCUAGUGAAAUGCUUGCUGUCAACUAAAUAUUCUCUCUAAAAUGUUUGGGAGUUUUAGUAACAAACUGAAGAGUUGUAUGGUACUUCAGGAAAAAAAAAGAUAAAAAAAAAAAAAGAUAAAAAAAAAGCAUGCAAGAGGAUUUUGUCUCCUUGUUUAUCAGUAAGAGCUAAAAAGAAUUCUAUCCUGUUUGUGCAAGGUCAACAUCAGCCUUGCACUGAAUUCUUUAAGUAGAACUAUUAAAUUUACAGUUACAAAAAUGUGCUUAAUGUACAAAGCCAGUUUAAAGGAUUAGGUUCAUAAUGUCUAUAUAAAUCAAUAGUGUCUUAGAAUUCAGAUUUUGAAAUGAGCAUUUUGCUGGGAUUUACAAGUAUUGGUAUAAUCUUUAUGUGUGAAAACUCAAAAGCUCUCCACAGAAUCUUUAUAGGAUAGCAGUAAUUAUCAGUGCACAAGUUUUUCAUUUCCCUGGGUUAUAAUUUUUUUGGGGAAAGCUCUGUGAAAGCUGGCUACAGAUUUUCAAGAACCAAAUCUUAGGAAAAAAAAAAGGCAAAUCCAAAAUAACAACAUCAUCUGAUGCUUCUAUUUUACUACUAUUUUUUUCAUAUUUGAAACAUUUAUAUAAUUUAAUGGACAUAUCUGUUAGAACAAAAGUGUCUUUCAAAGGAAAACUAGUUUAGAAGAUAAUUUAUGUAAAUAUAGGGUGCUCGUAUUUAUGAAGUCUAAAAUAUUUUCUGAAAUUGAUGCUGGUCACUUUGUCUUUUGAUAGUUUUUCAGUCUAUAUUAAAUUGCAGAUAUUUUUAAUGUUUUUAUUAUUGAUCUAAUUUUCAGAGGUGUCACAUGUCUAUCUAGAAGUGUAGAAGAGUAGCACCUUUUUCAGAAAUGCACUUGCCUUAUUUUCUAAUUUAAAAAAAAAAUAAAAAAAUGAAAUAUAUCAGUUAAAUUAUAUUUGUAUUCAAAGUAAUCCCAGAAAGAAAAUCACUGGAGGGUUCAUACAUAAAUUUCUUGCUAAUUAUGUUUCACUCUCUGUCCUCUGAGACAUGACGUUAACAAUAUUACCAGCACAUCUGUUUGCAUUCACAUUUUUACCAGUUACAAGUGCUGAGAGAGUUUUGGUUUGUUUUGGGUUUUUUUUUUUUUUUAAAAAAAAAAAAAAAUGAUGUUACACUGUUUACAUUUCUUAGUUUAUUUAAAAGGAAGAUAAUUUUACCUUUGAGAUGAAUCGAACUCAACCUCCAAAUGUCAUGGGAAUGAAAGGUUUUUGAUCAUGUACAAAUAUACAUAUCUGUGGCUGGACAGAGCAGAAAUGGGAAGGCUGCGGGCUCCUUUUGCUCCAGUUUUAUGCAGUUUAUUGAGAAAAGCAGUGCAGCACGGGCUGUCACGUGUGUUUGUCUGUGAUGCAGCAGGAUCCUGGCCCAGCACUCCGCUGAUGUUAAUCAAAUUAUUUGGCUAAAACCAAAACGGUGCCUCCAAGGGCGCUGGCAAACAGCUCCAGGGACCUUCCCAGGAGUUUUGCCUUUUGUUGUGGUUUUAGCUGGCUGUGGUCAGUGUGAGAAACGUGAGCUCAAAAUGAUCUGUUCUUCUUGAGAACUGGGAUUCAAGAGCGUUCCCGUAGUUCCCUUCUGUAAUAUGCAAAUGAUCAUGAAUAUCUGUAUAUUUUUGCAUUUUUGUGUGUGGUAUAUGUACUACCUCAGACAAAUGCUGUAAAAAACACAAUAUUUCCACGGUUUCUAUCCAAACCACAAUCCAUUAGUAACCUACUUUAAAUUCAUCCCACAACACACCAAACUCUGAGAAUCUGGCUGAGUUUUGGGUUUGGCUCUGGAAAUCCUCCUAUAGCUUUUGUUAAGGAAACUUUGCAGCGUUCUCACCCCUCGGGCAAAGCCUGACUUUGGGGUGACUUUUUGGUCCUCCCCAGCCUCAGAAGGGUCUGGCUGGGCAGGAUUUCAAGCUGGUGAUAUUUCUGUUGGGAGCAAACUUCCCUCUGUGUGUAAAUUGCUUCUUUUCCAUUCAGCAAAGGCUUGGCUGAGCUCUGCUUUGCUGUUUGCCUUCCAAGUGCUGCAAGGUGGGGCAGGACAAGUGCUGGGCAGUGUCCAGCCCAACCUCUGAUGUGCCAUACUGUAUUUGCAAGUUUAAACUCAUUUUUUUUUAAAUAAGUAUCGUGAGAAACCUCUUCUUCCGCGGCGUCUCCGCGCGCGCCCACGCAUGCACACGAAAUGUAAAUAAAAAAUAAAAAAGAAUUCAAGAAAAAAAAAAAGAAAGAAAUGAAAGCAGCCAAAUGCCUCAGCUUCAGGUGUCUCCAGGUGUCAUAGUGCUGCUUUUGUGCUCCAGGGAGGGAGCUGUGUGAGCCUGUGCAUCCUGCAAGCACCCCCUGAUGUCACUGGGGAAGGAGAAGGGUUUGUUCUUGGGGUGCUUUUAGCACUGUUUGAGGUGAUACAUAUGCCACAGAAUGUGAACAAAUAACCUUUUACAGUUCAGUCUGCUACCAUGCACCAUUUGAUUUCCCUUUUGGAAGUCAUAGGACUCCUGAUGCCAAAAAAAAAAAACAAAAAAAAAGAAAAAAAAAAAAAGAUUAAAAGAAAAAAAAAAAAAAGGUGACAAAACUCAUGCAUUUCUAUUUUUUAAACAGCUCUGUGUUUGUAUGUAAUGUUUAAAAUAGGAAUUUGAUGAAAUCACAGCCUGGCCAUUGUUAAUCCAUGUAUUCUGAAAACUGUAAUAAAGAUAUACAUACCACGAUUCUGGUAGAUGCACCAAUGUUUUACUUGAUUAUCAUGAUUAUUUCCUGUUGAGUACCAUCACCUCGAAGCCUGGGCUUGCUGUAUAAAACUGUCACGCUGAAAUUACAUUCCAUUUUAGCUUACUGUCUUUUUAUGGA